AUGAGUCAAUACGUUCAUGUUCCAAAAUCUGAGCUCGACGAAGCUCAACUGCGUCAACUUGAAGAACAUGAGAUCUCGCAGGGGCCGCUCUCAGUAUUGCAGCAAGCCGUACGAAACCACGCGCAGGUCCUGAUUUCCCUUCGCAAUAACAAGAAGCUGCUUGCUCGCGUGAAAGCUUUUGAUAGGCACAGCAAUAUGGUAUUGGAAAAUGUUAAGGAGAUGUGGACGGAAAUGCCCAAAGGCAAGAACAAGAAGCCAGUGAACAAGGAUCGCUUCAUCAGCAAGAUGUUUCUAAGAGGUGAUUCUGUAAUUCUCAUUUUGAGAAAUCAAGCCUAG